AAAAAAAAAAAAAAGAAGAAAAAAGAGUGGUCAUGUGUAAAGAUACAGCAUCUUGGCUGUCUCCUAAAAAAAUGUACACUUUCUUGCUGGAGGUGGAACCGCGGACUGCAAAAUUCCUCAUGGCCUAUUAUCGUCGUUUAAGGGAGCCCCGAAAAGAAGCCUCUGGGCUGGGGCAGUGGAAGUGGGAGCGCCUCAGCCCAACUCUGCGCAGCUGGAGGAGGUCUGCCCAGAGAGGCCAUUGGAGGAAGAGUGCCACGUGACAGAGGGGUGCCAAUGUUAUUCUCCAAGGGUGUCAAGACCCUGUCAGUUUGCGAAAUAAAUAUUGGGAAACAACGAAAUGCAAAAAGCGACCUACUACGACAGCUCUGCAAUCUAUGGUGCCUACCCCUACCAAGGAGCAAAUGGUUUCACUUAUAAUGCGAGUCAGCAGCAAUAUCCUCCAUCUUCAUCACUUGUGGAAACUGAGUACCACCGCCCUGCGUGCUCACUCCAGUCCCCCAGCAGCUCUGUGUCCCACCACAAGACCAAUGACAUCAGUGAGAGUUGCAUGAGGACCCUCCCCAGCCAGCCUCUGCAGCCCCCUGGCCUCGCUGACCCACAGGCCCCACCACAGCCGCCUCCGGCCCAGCAGGCACAACCUCCUCCUCCAUCCUCCACCUCACCAUCUCAAAAUGCCAGCAGCAACCCUGCCUCAGCCAACCCCACCAAGAGCCCAGCUCUUAACUCGCCCACCAUGUCCAAACAGAUAUUCCCAUGGAUGAAAGAGUCUCGGCAAAACACAAAACAGAAAAACAGCAGUUCCAGUUCAGGUGAGAGUUGUGCUGGUGAUAAAAGCCCCCCAGGGCAAGCCUCCUCUAAGCGAGCCCGUACAGCUUACACAAGUGCCCAGCUGGUAGAACUGGAAAAGGAGUUCCACUUCAAUAGAUACCUUUGCAGGCCACGAAGGGUAGAGAUGGCUAAUUUGCUCAAUCUCACAGAAAGACAGAUCAAAAUCUGGUUUCAGAACCGCAGAAUGAAAUACAAAAAGGAUCAAAAGGGCAAGGGCAUGAUGACCUCUUCAGGAGGACAGUCCCCAAGCAGAAGCCCUGUCCCUCCAGCUGCUGGAGGAUAUCUAAACUCUAUGCAUUCUUUAGUAAACAGUGUCCCCUACGAGCCCCAGUCACCUCCGCCAUUUAACAAGCCUCAUCAAAACACCUAUGGCAUCCCUGCAUCGUAUACCACUCCUCUUAAUAAUUGCCCACCUCCUCAAAAGAGAUACACGGGGACGGCAGCUGUGACACCUGAAUAUGAUACUCAUCCUCUUCAAGGCAAUGGUUAUGGGAAUCCACAUUUACAGGGAAGCCCCGUCUAUGUAGGGGGCAACUACGUGGAGACCAUGACCAAUUCUGGGCCUUCCAUCUUCGGUCUAACUCAUCUCCCUCAUCCUCCCUCUGCCAACAUGGACUACAGCGGGGCUGGGCCAAUGGCCAACAAUCACCACCAUGGACCUUGUGAUCCGCACCCAACAUACACAGACCUUACCGCUCACCAUCCUUCUCAGGGAAGAAUUCAGGAAGCGCCCAAACUCACCCAUCUGUAAGAGACAGGAGUCACUAAGUGGAAUACCGAGCCCCCAACUUUUGGAAAGUACUCAGCCCUUCCCUUCUCUCCCUCCUCCCCUUGCCUUGUGCCCUCCCUUCCUUGUUUCUUUUGUUCGUUAUGGUUUGUUUUGUUUCCUUUGGUAAAAGCGUUUUCUAGUUUAUGUGACGUAGCAAUAUUUGUUGCUUGAAUUGCUCUAUAGUUUCAGUAGUGGAUAUUUAUCUUCUUGAACUGUAGCCUUGUGUCUCACUUUGGGAGUAUGCAGAGGCUUUAUACUUUACCUUCUACACUUUUAUCAAAACAGGGUAUAUGAACAAAUUUUCUAUAAAAGGAAUUCUUAAAUGUGAAUUUGUUCGUACAUGAUUGAUCCCACGGGGAAGCAAUUUUUUUUAUUGCACUUCUUUUAAAUAGCGAGAAAGACAUCAAAAGCGCUUGGACAGGGACUCCCUGGACAAUUAUUAAUACGUGUAAGUCUUUCAAUGUGUGUAUGCUGGUGAACAUUCAGAUUUAUUUAUUUUUUUUUUUUUGUUGCAAACAUUUGAAUAAUCUAAGUGUUUAAAAUUUUAUUUAUCCCCAUUUGUUCAUAUUUAUAUAUAUAUAUUAAAAAAUCUGUACCCUGAAUAUUCAGGAAGUAUUUACCUGGCCAUAUGUUAGAUGGCACACGUAGGAAAUAUCAUUUGAAAGGAAACUAUAACUCCUUUUAUUAAAAAUGGUGGUGAUGAUGAUGAUGACGAUGCAAUAAAAUCUGGGAAAAAAGAUCACGGUUUGAAUAAUUUAUGCUUGUACCAUCCAGCUAGGUGGAAAGCGUGUGAAGCUGAAAAGGCUAGAUUUGUUUUGAAAGUUAUACAUUCCUUGCUGCUCAAGUUCUGAAAAAAUAAAAAAAUAAAGUUUUUAUUCUGAAUAAUAAAGAGUUAAGAACAUGUUCUUCGCAGCUCAAGGGAAGGGAGAGCCCUUCAUGACGUGGGGAGUUGGGAAACUCGUCUGUAAACUCCAACGAGGAUCCGCUCGCCCACCCGAGGGCCCCGCAAUGCCUUUUCAGCAUUUCAUAGGCAGGGAGACGGAUUUUUUUUUUCCCCCCUU